ACAGCCGGAGCCGGGCCUUCAUUUGUGUCGGAGACGCCGCGCCGCUGGCCCAGCUUUCCCGCCGCUCCUCCGCUGGCCGGCCUGUGACCAUGACGUAGCCACCCCCGCCGCUUCGGCCCCGACAUGACCGCUGUCCGCCAGGUGCGACGACCACGACGUGUUAGUUGCCCCGCCGAAAGCCACCGCGCUGCCGGACACGAGCGGCGAGUGUGAGCGCCUGACACCCCCGCGUGCAUUUUGCCAGUGAUUUGAUUUGUGCUCUCGCGCACCGGUCCUUCGCAACUCAAACUCACUCACUCACCCACUACGUAGGCGAACAGAUGGAUUGGAACAUUUAUUUGGUUGCAAGGUGAACCACGAGUCGCACAAAGUGGAGCAGCCUGUGAUAUGCGAGAUGCUCUUAAGGAGGGCUAUGCGCUACUACCGCCUUUGGAUCUACGCGUGCAACGUGGCGCUGCUGGCGAGCGUCGUGGGCUUCGCGUGCGUCGCCGGACGCACGCUGGCCGACCCGCGACGAGCCCUCAUCCCUGCGGUGCGCUACCUUUACCAACCCACCUUCCUGUACGCCUACCUGGCGCUGAUCGUGCAGUGCGGCGCCGUCCAGGUGCUCGGCUGCCUCGGCGCCCUCAGACUGAACGAGCGUCUCCUCGAGCUCUACUGGCUCUUCCUGUUCCUCCUCCUCUGCGGAGACGUCCUCAUCGGACUCAGCUGGAUCCUUAGAUUUGACCAGAUCUGCGCCGAGAUCAAACCAACACUACAGCAGCGCCUGGUGGACGAGUACUCGUCCAACGCCGACUUCACCGAAGUGUGGGACAGCCUGCAACGCAGCGCCAAGUGCUGCGGCGUGGCCAGCCCACGCGACUUUCUGCCGCUGACGCCGCAGAGUCCCGGCGAGGGGGGCAACAACACAACCAUCGUGGUGCCGCACAACCUGCAGGGCUGGUGGGGGUGGAGCAAGGAGGGCGACGAGAGCAUCCUGGUGCCGCAGAGCUGCUGCAGGCCGGUGAUGGUGGAGACGACCACCGCCGGCUCGCUGGCCAACGAGACGCUGCUGCUGCAGAGCAGACAGCGUUGCGAGGUGUUCUCGUCGGGCUGCGAGCAGCACCUGCUCAGGUGGCUGCGCACCAACGCAGACCUGCUCUUCGUCAUCGGCUACUGCGUGGUGGCGUUCGUCAAGCUCAGCUUCCUCGGAAUCCUGCACUACGAGAUCAGGGAGAUGAUCCAGAAGAUCAAGCUGAUGCAGCAGGAGCGAGAGGCGUUCGCCAACUCUGGCGCUGACCUGACCCUGGCCAACCACUAUCAGGCCCUGCCGACCAACCUGCCCCCCUCCCCUGUGCACAUGAACCACUUGAACCACGCGCCCGCGACGCAGCCGACCCCGAUGCGCAGUGCGCAGUCGCCUGCGCCUGCGCAGCAACAGCAGCAGCAGCCGCUGCCGCCGCCUCAGCAGCAGUCGGACAGCUUGUUUGGAUCGUCGCCGCCGACUUCGCUGCAGGCGCACAUGCUCAGCUCGCCGUCGCAGUUCUCGCGGCUGCCGAACCACUUGCUGCGCUGCGUCGAGGACGGCAACAACUCGGACACGGGCAGCCACUGCGCCCUCAUCUCGUUGGACUGCAAGUCGAGCAGUUUUGAGAACAAUAACAAAGACACUACUACGUCGCGCCAGACGCAGAUCUGACUAUCGUGGCGUACGUGCGGCACCAUAGCCUUUAUAGCGUGAUGACGAGCUUAACUCGCGGCAGAUUGUAUGAAAAUAAGGAUUCCUCGGUUGUUCUUUGGCACGUAUGACACACAUUAUCAUUCAACACUAUAUGCAUAUAUUUGGAUGAUUUGGGAAAGCGCUUCACCGUAUAAAAUACAGUACUCGAAUCUAUAUUGUGUAAUUCUGUUUCAAAUGCGACUCGUCAGUGUCCCUUGAUGUGGUCCAUUCUUGUGCUGGACUCUGCCUUUUACUUGAUUUUAAGAACCCUCCGCGUUUGACUGAAAUACGUUUAAAUACUCGACCAAAUUUGAUAAGCUUUGUAUUUUUGAAUUUUGCGAAAAUCGCGGCAUAUGCUGGGUAACAAGUAAGUGUACAUCGUCGCGCCGUGUUUAUUAAAAGGAACAUACUUGCUUUGGGGACUGCUCGUUCCUCUUUACAUACUAUCAUCGUGAAAUGGCACAACACCCAGACGCUUUUGAGGAAAGUCGUAAAAUUUUACUAUCAAACGAAAGGCGGUCGUCCCUUUCGAAAAUUCUAUUUCGUGGUUUGACCAGCCGGUGAGCAACGUGUUUCACGUUUCAAGGUAUAGCCACCGCAUUUUAUGGACAAUGAAUAAUAAAAUGAUAUGCCGACACUGCUCGACAAAUCAAUAGCGGACGGUGUGUUGAGAUGAUAAAUAAUUCAUGGCUAUAUACUCACAAAAGAGGCGGUCCUUGGGCCAUAAACACAUCUCGUUUGCUCGGCCUCGCUACCAGCACUUUUUGAACAGAACACGGACGGUAUCAAAAUUACUUUUGUAAAAAGCAGUGCGGAUGAGUGGACCCUUUUGAGUGUGUGCAGCCUAGAGAUAGCAUCAGAGAGUAGUUACCAAGGGAACCAGCUCGCGAGCUUUAUGAAAAGGGAAAAACCGCGGAUUUCUAAAUAUAUUCAGCUUGCAACACACAUCGUGACGGGUCAUCUGGUUCAUUCUUGCAUUUGUCGGCGUUUUUAAUCAUCACUCUGGCUCAUCUGAUUUUAAAUUAUCUCACUUAAUGACACCUUUGGUCAUCAGCUUCUGAAACAAAUUUUUAAACAACUAAUAAUAUAAACGUUUGGUGUAAAUAAUUAAAAUUUUUACUCGACCGCGUAAUUCUAAACUCGUUUGUUGUAUAUUUUUAUUCUUUGUACUUUUCCAGCUUGAGGGCAGUGAAACGCGAGUUUCGUGCAUUAAGCAAUUUAACGGCGAAUUAUUCAGUUUCUGUCUGAUAACUUGAAAGCAUUUGAAAGACUGAUGAAUCUCAUAAAUAUAGCGCAAUUGGUUCCUGAGAUAUAUCAAUAUAAUUUUUAGAAAACACUUUUAUUUCGAGUGUAAUAACGUUUCAAAAUUGCGAUCGCGACAAUAGAGGUCCGAUUUCGCUGCCCUAUCGCCAACCAAACUGUUUCUUGAUGCAAUACCUGCAUUCAUUUUGAACUAUUUUCGACAAAACUUUGUUCACGCAUUUAAAAAUAUCUGCCACUCUCCUGUGAAUUUUGUCUGCAUGACCAGAAACAAUAACUAUUAAUCUAAGCGUCAUUAAAAAACAAAUCAAAAAUGUUUCGUUGGAAAUGGUUACACCUUAAAUAUAUAUGUUAUGUAAUAGAUGAUACUCGAUGUUCCAGAUGUACAAAUACGCCUGAGCAAGUGCGAUGAGAAUUAAUAGUCAAAAGUGUUAUUUCAAAUGCAUUUUAUCGGGAGGGUGAACAACUUCAUUGAGUAAUCAAAAUACAUUGAAUCGACGUUGACACUAAUUUAUAAUUUGAUCGACUAUGGGCCUCACGUGGCUUCAAACUUUGACGUAAACGCGUAUUUUUAAAAAGGCACUUUUUAUCAAUGAUCGUCACUUCAAAUUCACUGCAGCUUACAAAGAGAUGAGAAACGAUAGAGCUUUAAAUUACUAAAUUUAUAGUCUUUAAAAUUUAAUAAACUUUGAAUCAGAUAUUAUAGAGGGCGGAUUCACACUAUAAUUGAAAUCCAAACUAUGCAAUGGACGUAAAUAAAGAAAAAUUUGGUAAGUGCUAUAAAAACCUUAUUCAAGAAAUACUAGUUCAAUUGAAGUUAUAAAAUUGUUGAGAGAUGUGGAAAAUUGUGUGAUAACUAAUCAUCCCAUCAAGUUUAAUGAGUGAGAAGAUGUAAGUAAGUCUGUUUCGGGGACAAUUCGAGGGUUAAAUUUUAUUCUUUUUGUGAGAAUGAUAAUAAAUUUAUGAUUUAGUGGUAUCAAA